AUGUAUAAAAUACCAGAGCAAUCCAGCGUAGUAUGGCAGUCUGUUCUUACAGAGUGGCUCCCCACUAGAGACCAGAGAUAUAGGAUAUUGACCAAGUACUUCGCCUAG